AUGGUGAGAACUCGAACCGGAUUUGAAAACGGUAAUCAACAACCUGAGCCACGAGUGAUUGAGCGUGCACCAGAGUUAGAAGAAGGAAACUAUAGUAGAACCGUUAGUCAAGCCGAACCACAAGUGGUUAGGAGAAAUAACCAGGAUGAAGGAAUUGAAAGGAACAGAUGCAAGUAUAAAGACUUUACAAAUUUCAAACCAUCAACUUUUACUGGGAAAGAAGAUCCAAUCGAAGUUAUGGAUUGGAUCUCUGAGAUGGAGCUAGCUUUCAUAACAUGUGGUUGCAAGGAAAAGCUGCAAACCACUUAUGUUGUGCAUCAGUUUAUGGGCGGGUUGUUUGGUAACAUGUACAUUGAUGAGUAUAUGAAUGCCUUCACAGACAAGAUGGAGUUUUCUUUGCGCAUCGUCCCUGAAGAGCUAACAAAAAUUAAUAAGUAUACAAAGGGAAUACCAUGGGAGUACACUAUGCCAGUGCGCCAGGCACUUACUCUUGAGGCGGCCAUUUGGGAUGCUAAGUAUGUCGAAGAAAUGAUUAAAGUCAGAACCACCAAUAAGGUUGAAGUUGGCGAGAAGAGGAAGUUUGAGGGUUCUUCAAGAUCCGAAAAUAAAAAUAGGUUUAUGAAGUCUGACCUCAACAACAAGAGGUAUAGGGAUGGCAUUGAAGAAAAGUGGUGUGACAAGUGCAGAAGGAAGCACAUUGGGAAAUGCUAUAAAGAGGUGACCUACUUCAAAUGCGGGAAGUCUGGUCACUAUGCCAACAAAUGCACAACCAAGAGAGAAUUCUACUUUAAGUGUGGUGAAGAAGGACACUUCAAGCAAGACUGCCCAGAGAGGGAACGAGCUACAAAGCCAAUCGCACCGCCGAAGUGA